CGUUUUCCAUCACGAAAGGGGAUCAUCCAUCCGGCGAACAGAACUCAUCCAUCUCUCAUGGCAAUCUCCAUCUCCGCUUGUGCAACUCCUCACUGAACCAACUCAAGUAAACAAUGCAAAUUCGUUGGUCAAUCUGUGAGAGCAUUGCCAACUCGGAUCAUAACGGUGGGAAGAAGAGGUCCCCAGGUGUGCAGUUGCUGGUAGAUGGGUAUAUCGAUAAGUUCAGAAACUAUUGUCCUGUUGAUGAUGUUCUAAUUCGGUCUUAACCCCAAAAAUGCAGAGAUGUGAGGGCCCAGGUUGAUGAUGAAGAUAUGGCUGUCAUUAACCAUCUCAGGUUGUGAUGUUGGAUGAGCAUGGAUUGGAUAUAGGGUCUGAGCGGUUUGCUGAAUUAGUAGGAGCUGCAGGGAAUAAGAAAGUCAUUGCUAGUGAUCUUGUCAAAGGCAUCUUACUUUUUGGUUUACAAGGGAGCUUCAAGGUUAUUAUUUUGUAUUGUGGUCGUGGAAGACAAAUACAAGAACGUGCUAAUAUAUCAGUCAUCUUCAAUGGUCUUGAAUCAUCAAAUUGCACUUGUUGUGCUCGUGGAACAACUUUACAGAUAAGAGUAAUACCAACUUAUAUGCUACUGCAUCGAUAAUGAUUACUUCAAACUGAGGUCAUAUUUGUUUGAAAUGGGGGUGGUAAAAACAUCUGUGUUCGUUGCAAAUGAACUUUUUGAAUUGUGACAGUUUGAAAAACUUACAGAAUCUAGCUGCUUCUGACUGAGCUUUCAUCGCAUUACCGUAGAUAAUCUUUAUUACUUUAUGUGCUAGGAGAAGUCAAAGAGCGUUCUCUAAAGGGCCAUUUUUUUUCAGGUCAUGGAAUAUUCUGAAGGGGCAGAAGUACCAUCAUUAGAUAUUUCUCUUUUUCUUAACCAUUCAAUGUGAGUAAUGCUAAACUUAAUGGCUAGCAUUACCAAUAUUUUCAAUCAAAUUAAUCUCUCCGCUGCAAAACAGGGUUGCUUGGGACACAUCUGAGCUAUGUUAAUUGUAUUGUCAAGUAUUUUAUCCAUGAGUAUAGAUUGGGAACCUAGAUUGUCCCUUUUUAGUAGACUGAGACCGGGACAAGUCACUGUAGUUCUGAAUAUCUGGCAGUUGGUCUAACCUUCAAUUUAGUCUAUACGAAAACAUAAACAUGGAUGUGGCAAUUUCACUGCAGAAGUCGCACACGCAAGCAGUAUAUCUAAAGAACAGCUUGGUUUGGCCAUUUGGAUCUAAGUUUCAAGCAUUCGGUGGUGAAGUGCGAUUGUGUCGAGUGGUCCUGGAUUUUCAAGUUACUACAUAUGAGCCACAUUCUAAAGAGGACCAACUUCUGCCGCAUUUUCAAAAAAAGACAUAUUAAUACUGAAGGAAAUCGUGACACCAAGAAGUCAGUCAAGAAAGGGACUUAUUGCUUUCAGUUUAAUCCAGUAAAAUAUUAUGAGUCUCUGGUUGAUAUGUCUCGUGUAACGUGAAAAUGUGUUUUGGAAAAUAUUGAAGAUAUGGGAAUUUUACGUAAGAGCUGUAUUAUUUUGGAUAUUUAACUCAAUUGAUAAAUUUGAUUAGGUGUA